AGAAUAAGCAAGAGCAGCCUAGUGGAUAGAUAGACGAAAGACACCAGAGCCACCUUCAUUCACUUCACAAACCGCUCGGCGACAAAGACGAAGAAGCCGAGGAAUCCAGCGAGGGACGAGAGACGCUCAUUGAGACUAAUCCUUUCUCAGAUUCAGAAUCACAGUCGCGAAGUGACGGCGACGGAAGGAGGAGUUUCGAAUUGUACGAGGACAGCGGCAAUGGAAUCUACCGAGUCUUAUGCGGCAGCUUCCCCUGAAGAGCUGACGAAGAGAUCCCCAGAACCGCACGAUUCUUCGGAAGCUGACUCUGCUGAGAAGCCAACACACAUUCGGUUUCUUGUAUCCAAUGCGGCAGCUGGUUCCGUCAUUGGGAAAGGUGGCUCGACCAUCACUGAAUUUCAGGCAAAGUCUGGGGCGCGGAUCCAGCUCUCACGUAAUCAAGAGUUUUUCCCUGGGACGACUGAUAGAAUUAUUAUGAUAUCGGGCUCGAUUAAAGAAGUUGUCAAUGGACUGGAACUUAUCCUUGAUAAAUUGCACAGUGAGCUUCACGCUGAAGAUGGUAAUGAUGUUGAGCCUAGGAGGAGAAUAAGACUUGUGGUUCCUAACAGUUCCUGUGGAGGCAUAAUUGGAAAAGGAGGGGCCACCAUCAAGUCAUUCAUUGAGGAAUCUAAAGCUGGUAUUAAGAUAUCCCCUCUGGAUAAUACCUACUAUGGGUUGAGUGAUAGGCUAGUGACAUUAUCUGGAACCUUCGAGGAGCAGAUGCGGGCAAUUGAUUUGAUUUUGGCAAAGCUUACCUCCGACGAUCAUUACUCCCAGAAUGUACAUUCCCCAUAUUCAUAUGCAGGUCUUUUCUACUCUGGUUUUCAUGGUCAUCCAUAUGCGUAUGUACUUCCUUCUGUUGCAACAGCGGGAUACAAUUCAGUUAACUACGCACCCAACGGUUCUGGAGGCAAGUAUCAAAACCACAAGGAAGAAGCUAGUACCACAAAGACAAUUGGUGUCUCGGAUGAGCAUAUAGGAUUGGUCCUCGGCCGUGGAGGAAGAAACAUCAUGGAAAUCACUCAGAUGACCGGUGCCCGAAUAAAAAUAUCAGACCGUGGCGAUUUCAUGUCUGGAACCACUGAUAGGAAAGUGAGUAUCACAGGGUCACAGAGAGCAAUCCAACAAGCUGAGACCAUGAUAAAACAGAAAGUUGAUUCAGCUUCAGAGAGAGCAACUGAAUAAAAACCGAUUAAGUUAUCCAUCUCGGUUCCAAUCUUUGGUCUGUUUACUUCAUUUGUCGAGAGGCUUAAGCUUUCAGACGGGGAUCAUAAAUCAUCUUUGAGUGAGGCAGAGAUUUCUCUCUAGGAGCUUUUAUAUCUUCUUUCGUUUCCUUUUUAAUGCCUUGACAUUAUAAAAUGUGUUUUUCUCUGUGAGAGAAGCAGAUUUGGAGUUAGAAGUACUUAUUUUCAUCUCUUUGUUUUUUGUUUUUAAUAACUUUAUUGCAAAUUUGGUGAAUUUUUGUUUCCCUUGAGUUCUUUUUGUUGUAACAAUUUACAAUAACCAACUAUUACAUUGCAUUUGUUUCUUUCAUAGA